UUAUACAUAUAUUAUUAGCUAAUUUAAAAUUGUUGAAAUGUCACUUUUAUUAUUGAAACAUUUUUAUCUGGUUAAAAAUGUCACCGAAGUUAAAAUUUUAUCUGAUUCUCUUAGUUAUUAAAAUGUUACUUUCGUAACAUCUUAUCUCACUGAUAAAAUUAUAUAUAUAUUUUUUCUUUUUUUUAUUUAAUUUUUUCGAGGUGUCACAUUAUGACUUUAUGAGUAUCCGUCUCUCUAUUAGUAUACAUUCAAUCGGGCAGGUGCUUUUUAUGUGGUGGUUAGAAGCUCGAAGUAAGACUCUCAUGGAUGUUUUUAGACUCAAUCUCCCGGGAAUUAUAAGUUGACAUAUUUGGAAGCUAUAUACCGAUCUUAUUUGGGGUUCUCAACACUCUAUACCUACGGUUGACAUCACUAUUUGGAGGAUCAAGCUUUAUACUCAAUCAUGGGUUCUUAGUUUCAGACAACCAAGUUUUCGAUCUAUUGAUAAGAUUCUUAUAGAAGAAAACUUAAUUCCUAUGAAUUUUAGAACUCAUACGGUUUUUAAACCUGUCAAAUGGAUCAAACCUAGGUGCGGUUUCAAACUGAAUGUGGAUGCUUCGUACGUACCUGAUCGCGCUUUUAGAGGAGCCAUUCUGCGAAAUGAGAAAGGUCAUUUGAUAGGCGCUAUCUCGUUUCCCCUUGAGUUACCUCGUUCCAGUCUACAUGCGGAAAUGCUAGCUAUAUUCAGAGCGACGGGGUGGGCAAUAGAUGAGGGCUAUGCUGGUUUCCAGGUUGAAAGUGAUGCGGAUGAGAUUAUUGACCAUAUUUCUGGACGGAAGAGCGGUCCGUGGAGAGAUGAACUUGUUGACUUCAGGCAGAUGUGUUUCAGGAAAGGGAUGAGGUUCCGACAUGUGCUGAGGGAAGGGAACGAACCUGCUCAUUUACUUGUUGGGCUUUCUGUGGCCCAAUUUACUUCGUGGGCUAAUUUAAAAUUCUUGCCUGGACCGAUUAGAAUUGUUGUUACAUUGAAUUUGUUUAAUUUGCCUUCUUUUAGAUAUGUUGCUUAAUUUUAAUCUGUAAGAGGUUUUGGCCUAGUUCCCCUCUGAUUGUAAUACGUUCUUUAUUUCAAUAAAACCUG